AAAGAAAAUAUAGUAUUUAAGAUUCAUGCAGUUUAAAUCAAUGAUGUACAACCAUUAUCCCUGUAUUCAAGUUCAUUGCCAAAGACAUUUAUGCUUAGUAUUUUGGCAAUAAGAUUGAAAAAACAUUUUGCAAAUAUUCACACCACAUGGAACAAGAUAUAUUUAAUAACAUCUUCAUAAUCUAAAAGCACAAUAUUGUAGAUGCUGAAAAUCUGAAAUAAGGCUCAGCAGGCCAGGCAGAGGAUAGGGAUCAAAGAGCUGAUAUCUCAGUUUGUCAAAAUUGGAAAAAGACAUUUAAACAAAUGAAGGAAAUUACAGAGAAGUUAUUAGUUAGCAGUGAGGGAAAUCCUAGGCCAUGGAAUAGCAUCAGAAAUGAUGCAGGAUUUCAACCUGAAAAGUCGACAAGUCCUCUUCCUCCCCGCAGAUUCUGUCUGUCUGCUGUGUUCCUCCAGUAGAUUUCUUACUAAUCCAGAUUCCAGCACUUGCAGUGUUUUGUGUCUACAUAAAACACUGUUUAGGCCAUAUCUGGAAUGGAGUUUGUGCAAUUCUGGUCCCCACACUAUAGUAAGGAUCUGACCACACUGGAGAGGUUUGCAGAGAAGAUUUGCCAUGUUGCCUGCGAUAGAACACUUCAGUUAUGAAGAGAGACUGGACAGGCAGAGUUUGUUUUCCUUGGAACAAAGCACACUCUAGAGCAUAUAUGUCAAACUCAAGGUCCGCGGGCCAAAUCCGGCCCGCGGUGGAAUUAUCUUUGGCCCGCGAGAUAAUAUCUAAUUACUAUUAAAGCUGGCCCCAGUAAUCGAAGCGCCUAUGGCGUAUGAUAUGGCUAAUGCUGAGUUUAUUCAGGUACCAGGUUUUCAGGGUUUUUAGUAUUUAUUUGGUUUCCCUGGUUUAUUUCCUGAAUAUCAUUAAUGAAUAAAUUUUUUUUCUAUUAGAGCUGGCCUGCCGGUAUAUUGCAUGCACCACUAAUACUACAAAUCCCACAAUGCACUGCUAGUGCAUUGCUCGCGCUUGCCUUACUCUCUCAUCAGCAUCCUUAUGGCGCUAGUCACGUGUGGUCAACUUUCAGCUAUCCCUCACCCCAAAACUGGCUGAACGAAAGGUGGACUUUGAAAACAGGGGUUUUCAAGGCAGGUGGGAGGCAGAGUAUAUGUUCGCAGAUAUAAAGGGCAAACCUGUUUGUCUUGUGUGCAGAGACGGUGUGGCUGUAAUUAAAGAAUAUAACGUAAGAUGACAUUAUGAAACGAAACACCGCGACAAAUACAAACAUCUGGACAAGAAACAGAAGCCCGCGAUGUGCGGUCAAAAGAGUGGAUUGGUGGGCAGGAUCCGGGAGAAGAUGCGGGAGGAAAACGGCGCAGAGGUGCGAUGGUUAAGCCAAGGAAAAGUGCUGAAAAGAUGUUUCGAGUUGCGUGAGGAGAUCUGUCAGUUCAUGAAAAGCAAAGGGAAAGACACAACAGAGCUCCGGGAUAAAAAGUUGCUUUGUGAAAUGGCGUUUCUGUGUGACAUCACGAGCCAUCUCAAUGUGCUCAACCUGCAGCUUCAGGGGCGGGGUCGUGUGAUCACAGACAUGUACGCUGCAGUGAGGGCUUUUAAAACCAAGCUGCGCCUGUGGGAGACGCAGAUGCAGCAAGAAAACUUGAGCCAUUUUCCGUGUUGCCAACUAUGAAAGAGCAGGUUUCUACCGCAGUGUUCCCAUGUGCAGUUUGCUGAAAAACUUAGCAUACUUGGUGCCGACUUCACACAGCGAUUUGCCGACUUUGAAGCCCAAAAAAGCAGGUUUGAACUGCUCAGUAAUCCAUUUGCAGCUGAAGUGGAAAGCGCACCAACCAACAUACAAAUGGAGCUGAUUGAACUCCAAUGUAGUGACACACUCAAGACAAAGUAUGACUCAGUGGGCGCUGCACAGUUUCUACGUUUCAUUCCCGACACAAUGCCCCAGCUGCGUAUCCAAGCUGCUCAAAUGCUCUCUAUGUUUGGCAGCACAUAUCUGUGUGAACAACUGUUCUCUUUGAUGAACAUAAACAAAACAUCACACAGGAGUCGUCUUUCUGAUGAACACCUUCACUCAAUUCUGAGGACUUCCUCAGCUCAGAGCCUGACUCCAAACAUUGAUGAACUUGCAUCCAAGAUGAGAUGCCAAGUAUCUGGCUUAGACUAGUGUGAAUCACAGAGUGUUGGCCUGUGGAAAAAUGUUUUCAUUAGAAAUUACUCCAGAAAAGCUGCAGAUAAAGCCAUAAGAAAAUGCAACUGAUUUUUUAUUUAUUUAAUGUUCAAUGUUGUUUUUGUAGGCAAUAACCUAAGCUUUGUUAGUUCCAGGUUAAUAUGUGUAAUAAAUUCAUUUCAAUAAGCUUUGCAAUAAACGCUGAACCAGUCCGGCCCUCGACUUGUACCGAUUUUUUAAUUUUGGCCCACUGUGUA